AGUCUUGAACCAUUAUCGUUUCUCGAAGGGUCUGUAGACCAAGUCACAUAUUACCAUUGUUUGUCUAAGGACUUCAAUCCCUGGUAUAUGAAAUUGAAUGAUGAAAUGGACACCAUGUUCCCAUUCCAAGAAGAUGGUACCAGUUCCCAUACUGGGUCUUACACGACGUGCUGGAAAAACCGUUGGGAAAUUAAACGCUUUGACUACUGCUCAUUACAAAGUCCAGAUCUGAACCCAAUUGAGCAUGUUUGGAAUGCCAUAAAAGCCAAUUUUCAAGAGCUCAAGGCUUGCAUUCUUCAGGAGUGGGAGAAACUUGAUCUAGCAGGUCUUCUUCGUACUCUUGUAGCGAGUAUGCCAGAUAGAGUCCAGGCUGGGAUAGAAGCUCGUGGUGACCACACCACAUAUCAAAUUCUAUUUUUUUACUUUCAUAAAACAUAUAUCUAUAUCCAUAAUAAAACGAAGUUUCACUCUAUUUGA